GUAACAAAUGGACGAGGAGAUUUAGAUGUUUAGAUUUGUGACGUUCUGAAACUCCUCUUAUCAACCUCUGAUACUGACUAUCAGAUAUCUCUAAUAUCACAAAUUUUUUGCUUGUCAUCAUUAUCGAUAAUGUUCAUUUCUUAGUAUUGAUAGGUUGGUUGAAUUGAUUGGUUCUUUCAGAUAUACAAAAACCAUUUUUCUCCCACUCACACUUGAAGGAUAAUUGCAAACAAAAUAACAACUCGACGCUAUACGAAAAUGAGUAUCACCUUAUUAGGUUUUAAAACUAUGUUAACGGAGGAGUUAGGUAACAGUUUAGAAGAAGAUUUAAGACAAAUGGUGAUUUCGAUAACUACACAAGAACUUGAAAAAAUAAAACAAGAACUCAUUUGUUCAUUUAAAGACUCAUCAUUCUCUUUGGAUGGGACACAAUGGUCCAAAAUAAUCAAAACUUUUGCGAAGAUUGUAAAAGAACUAUCUUUAGGACCCGGAGCGGAAACAAAUACGUCGGCAUUUUCAUCCCAACAGGAAAGCAUUCCAAAGGCUUUUAGAGAAAUAGUGUACAUGUACAAUAAAACGGUAUGCUCUGAUAAUCAAGGAUACAGUGAUAUAAACAAUGGACUAUCUUUAGAAGAAAGUCAGAGAAGCCCUUCCCAGUUUGAAACAAACUACCCCACUGAUUUGUCCACAAAUGUUUGCACUGACUCCGAAUGUGAAUAUUUUAAAGUCGGUGUAUUACGUAACCUAUCUGAUGAAAUACUUCUAAAUCAACUACAAGCUAAACCUAUUCUUAGUAUAUCUCAGCAACCAAGUUUCUUAAUGAAGUCAUUUGAAAAUACGGUUAUACUAACACCUGAUGUAAGGCCUACUGACAGACGUUGUGUCUCCGAAAAUUUACUACAAACAAUGGGUCCAUUAUGGAAUGAAUAUGCAAAAGAAGUUGAUGAAGAAACUGACAUUCAGUUGGAUAGAAAUUUGCCUAUUCUUGAUGAAAAUGAUGAAAUCUUUACUAAUCUUAUCAAUACAAUCGCAAAAGAUUUCAAUGAGAUGAAAUUUACCAGUGAUAAUGAAAAUUUUAAAUUCUUUGAAAUACCAGUUCCUGAUGAGAUAGACAUGAAACCAACUUAUGAAACAGCUUGUCAAUUAUUCAAUAAUAAUUCUAAAUCUGUACUUACGAACCUCAGUCAAUCAUUUUUAACGGAUAAAUCAAAAUGGAUUUUACCAAUUUUGAAGUUGCACACUGAUGAAGAUGAAACUAUGUUUCGAAGAACAAAAACACUGCCAAGUAGUAAACUGGAUGAAUUAUUUAUUCAUGAAGUAAAUAAAUACAAAAAACGAAGUGAAAAAGUUGAAAAUAUAUCAGUUGACAAUUUUAAUGAAAAAUAUGAGAAAACUUUAGUAGAAUUAAAAAAUGAAGAACAAAAAUUCAAUAAAUUAAAACAAAAGUUAAUAAUAUGUCAGUACAAGUCCAAUGAAGUGCCGUCGUGGAAUACAGGCAAUGAUAUGAUAGUUAAUAAUGACAGUAGUGACUAUGAGUUGUUAAACAAUUGUGAAGAAAAAAUCAAUUUACUCAAACUUAAUUUGAUGAAUUUAAUUAAUACUUCACCAGUUUGUAGUAUUUACGAGACUGGCAAAGAAAUGUGUGAUCAUAAGUUAAACAGUAUAAGAAAUACAAUUCAACAACGAUUUCUUGUUGUAUGGAAUAAAUUAAAACUUACUGAAAAUGAAAAACAAUCUUGUUUAUUGAAAUUUUGUUGGCAACAUAUGAGUGAUACUAUUUAUAUGGCAAAUAUGAAUAAAGCAUUAAACUUAUUGGAAUAUGCAGAGAAAUAUAUUGAACGUCGUGAAAUGUUAUUACAUAAAUUAGCAAAAAUUGAAAUUGAACAUUUAAUUCAAUCAAAAGAUUAUAGUUUAAAUGAUAAUCAUUUGGAAUUGAAAUGUUCAGAUGAACGUUAUAAAGUUGAUAAGAAAUUUAACAAGUUAGAGAAACUGAUUGAGUCUACUGCUAAACAACUGGAGAAGAAGUUUAAUUAUACUCUGACAUUCAACGUAUGUUAUUAACUCAUAAGAUAAAUUAUAUUGUUGAAAUUUCUAGAAUUUCAUGUUGGAGUAAAUCAAAGACGUCUAGAUGUGUUUGUUCCACAGAGGUAUAAAUUUACAAUAAUAAUUGAUCUUCAUUUUAAACAAAAACAUUUGAAAUUACUAUAAUAUCCACAAUACCCCUUCUGAUAUUAUUCAACAUAUGCUCACUAGUGACUGGCUUCAAGAGGUAUAUCUUGGAGUUCUAGAGAGAAGUAGUGACCAGUGGAGUUCAGCCAGGUCUGUUGUGAAAUAGUAACUCACUGAUGACAAUGGUGGAUGUGUCGCUCAAUUUCGUGGAUUAGUUGAAGUUAGACAUUAACACCGUUGGAUGCUGGCCGGCUCGGUGGUCUAGAGGUUAAGCGUUCGCGCGCGAGACUGAUAGGUCUUGGGUUCAAAUCUCACGGAGGGGCAGGAUCGUGGAUGCGCACUGCUGGGGAGUCCCACAAUAGGACUAAACGGCCGUCUAGUGCUUUCAGGUUUUACAUGGUGGUCUAGCUUCAACUGACGCAUGAUCUCAACCAUUGAAAAAAAAAGAAAUGGAACCUAACAAAACGAUAGUUUAAGAAAACAAACAUUGAAUUACAUUAGCACCAGUUAUUAGAUGCGUACUCUUAAAACGUAAUAAUUUAUUGAUGUUCUUAGUUUACAUAUUAUGAAGAAACAUUUUGUUAGCCUAAAAUAUGGCUAAUAUAAUGAGCUUUGUAAAACAUAUUUCAAGUAAUUUAUCUUAAAAAGGUAUAUCGAUGAAAAUGAAUCGUUUGAAAAAAUUACAAACAUUUUGAAACAACUUCACUUAGUAUUGUUUGGGUUGUAUCUUCCCAUUGAUGUUUAAGACUGCAAUUAAUCAGUCUGUUAUUGGCAUAUGUGCAUACUGUGAGUAUGCCUCGAUAUUGCCUUAAUUCACAAGCUUUUUGAAAACAAUGACGGAUAGUGGCUAGCAGUGGGAUCUAGGACGCGCUUUUCUUCCUAUUUGGGACUCGUCAGCUGGAUGUACCUGCAUGUCAGAGUUGAUGUUUACUCUGGGAUUCGAACCCAGUACCAUUCGCUUCAAACGCCAUCGCGUUAUGUACUCAGCUACUGAGUCCUGAUAGCCACUUGCUUGUGCAAUGUGGUGAAUUUAAAUUCACUUGGUAUUGUUUUGAAACAACGCCUAAAUUAUACAUAAUAGCAUUUGGUGUUAUUUGAAAUAUUUAUUCCAUGUUGCAACUACACUAAAAUCAUGAUACGUUGUAUUGUAUUUGGUAAUACGAUACGCAGGAAAAAAUUUAGCUUACAGAUUUGCUUACCUUUGAAGUAUACGUGAUUAUCAAUAUUUUCUGUUAGAGUUAAUAAAUUUUAAUUGAAAUCUGAAAGCUGAUGUUUAUAUAUAUAUAUAUGAUUUAACUGUUUCAAACACCUUCAUGCUGAUUACCUUCAACGUUUAAUGAUGAAAUUCGAUCUUUCAUCAGAUCAGACGGUGAAAUCUUCCAUUUCCCAUGGACAUCUGUCUAGAAUAAAUUGACUUCAAAACUUCAUUAAUUUGUUUUUUAUGUGAAAAACUCCAGAAUUCCUACUCUAAUGCAAUAGAAUGACUGUUUUUUCGUGUUGUUUUGAAUCCUUAGUCACUAGAUCUAAUAAAAAAUGAUUCUAUAGGAAGCGUCUCACUCUCAUUCACCUUUAGUACUAAUACCUAAAUGAUUUAUAUGUGUUUACAAAUGAUCUUGGUGGCAAUAAUUUACUAUGUUAAGAAACGUUCGCAUGAGCUAAAGAUAAUCCGGACAAAGAACUGAUAAUAAUGCACAACAGUGAAGAAUUUCCGGACAAAAUUCUCGAAGUCCUAGGAAGAAACCUUCGCUGUGAAAUCAUCUAAAUUAAUAGUGAGUUUAAAUAUCAGAUGAAGAUUGUCUUAUCACACGUUUUUUAGAGGAAAAAUGUAUAUUGCUGAAUCCGUACUCUGUAGUUUAAGGAAACUGUGUCUCCCACGAGACCCGAAACCGCUGGUUUUGAUUACGUGUAAAUUAUUGACAUACAUAAAAACAGAUCGGUUAGCUAGAAGACAGAAUUUUGCGGGUGAUUUUCGAAGGUCCUGAAGCUUACAUCAUUUGUGAAGGAAGGUACUCUAGCUUACUAAUUUAGACAAUAGUAAAAUAUGAUGCUACUUCCAUAGAAGUUAUAUCAUUAUCUAUAGAAGAUUCCUAAUGUUACAGCAUAUGAGUUAAAUAUUUUCACUUUGCUUUUCAGGGUCAAAUUUAUCUUAAAAAGAUGGUCCAUGAUCGAAGUGAUCUGAUUUAUUUACUGAGAGAAAAGUACAAAAGUAAACCAGGACAUGAUAGCGCAAUAUAGAAGCUCCAUCCCCAAAAGUACACCUAUAACAUUAUUAACGGUGUUUGUUUUAUUCCCCUCAAUUUAUAUGGAAUUCGGUGAACAGUAAUUAUUAUCUGUUUUGCAUAUCUCUAUGGAUGUGAAACGGUUUAUAUGAUCCAGUAUAGGUAGCAUAAUGAGGAUAUUGAGUAAUUCCAAACUAAAAGCGAUACAUUGUUGUUUUAUCAGGUUUUAAUAACAAAUACAUUGCGAUUUCUCAAUACAGGGUUAGUUAAAUAUCACUUUUAAAAUCGUUGGUAGGUAAGGCAGAAAUCUAUUUCAAGCAAUUAGUCUUGGUACAUUAAUGAGAGGACGGAGUUG